AUGCUCCACUCCGUGCACACCGGGCAGGCUGCGGGCAAAGGCCCCUCCACCCAGGUGUCUGUUGCGUACGGUGCCCUGCUGGCCGCCGCCUUCCUCGUCUACCACUUUGUGGCAAACGGGGAGUUCUCUGCGAUCCUGACCAUGGCGGUGAUGGCCCAGUGCCUGGCGGUGGCGCUGCUGUGCCUGCAGAUCCUCUCAAGCGGGACCGCGGCGGGCGUCUCUGCGCGUGCCCUGGCUCUCGAGGCCCUCUCGUUCUCGUGCCGCCUGUCGUCGACCACGUGGCUCAAUGGCUACCUCCCCGUUGACGCCUCAGGCGAUUUCGUCUACCAGCUUGUCGACGUGCUGUCGCUGCUGAUGGUGCUGGGGCUGCUCUACCACGUGCUCGUGACGUACCGGCGCACGUACCAGGAGGACAUGGACUCGCUGCCAGUUCUCCCAGUGGUCAUCGGUUCCUUCGUGCUUGCUGCCAUCUUCCACGCGGACAUGAACUCCCGCCCGAUCUUCGACACCCUCUGGAUGGCAGGGCUGUUCGUUGGCGUGUUCUCCGUCCUGCCGCAGCUCACCAUGGUGGCGCGCACCGGCGGCGUCGUCGACGCGCUGACCAGCCACUACAUCGCGAUGAUGGCCGUGAGCCGCGUCUUGAGCGGCAUCUUCAUGUGGCACGCGCGCUUCGACGUCACCUGCGCCCCGUGGAUCGAGGGCGUGGACCACGCCAUCUGGGCGAUCCUGGUGGCGCACGCGGUGCACCUGCUCCUCCUGGGCGAGUUUGCGUUCUACUACGUCAGGGCCAUCUGUGCGCAGGGCCUCGCGUGCAAGGUCGACCUGCAGGCCGCGCUGGACAUCGUCUGA